ACACACGCCCGCAGUGUGUUUUUAUUCGUUGAAUAGUUAGUCUUGUGUUACGAAUGUGCAAUUGUUAAAAAGGGCUUAGCCAUAGCUUGCUGAGCGUAUUAUUUUCUAUUUUGCGUCCAUCGUAUUUUUCUAUUAGUUAAAUAGUGAAGUGAAUCUAAGGCUAUAGUUUAGGUGUUUCCAGUGCAUUUUGAGUUCGAGAGUGUCGUAGUGACGUAUUUUACAAAAAAAAUUUCGGCUUUAACGUGAUAAUGGCCUUUAAAAUAUAUUUACUGGGUGCCGUAACCCUUGCUAUUUGUUGCAUUACCGUUGAUGCGUCGAUGGAAUGUAAACUAUUUGAUUUCGGUACGGAUAAGAACGCAGUGACAAGUUUCUUGGAUAAAGUAGUCAAUCACUGUCCCAUAUUGCCAGGACAAGACAAAGAGUAUUGCUGCUAUGAUAUCAACCGAAAAGCUUACUGUUGCGAUGCUUCUGAAUUUUUCGUCAACAUGGGAAUAAUGCUAAUGAUCGUUAUUGUAGUAUUGAUGCUAAUUUCAUCGAUUGUAAGCUUUAUAUGCUGUAUUUGUUGUCCAUGCUGCGUUUGCUACAAACGACGUCGUGGAAGAGCAUGUCAACCCCCUCAAACUCUUCCUUCAACGCACACAGCCGCACCACGUUAUCAAAACGAAUAUCAGCCUGUACCCAAAACGCAUUUACCGCCCGGAGCUUAUCCCGUUUUUCCACCACAACCUUCAGUUCCGAGACCGUUUUCCGGAGGAUCUCAGCAUUCCUAAUUUAGCUACCAAAAUUGACUGCUUCGUUAUAGCUACCAUACCAUUACGUUAUAUUUUAUAACUUUUUUUAUAUUCGGAAUUUUUAUCGACGAUUUUCCUACCGCGGUUAUAUUACUACGUACUAUUUUAUCUGUGUAUUAUUUUAUUUUUAUUUCCUUCCUUUUUCUUUUUCCAUCGUUGUUUGAAUAUGUGUAUGCUCCACACAAGUUGUACAACCCGAAUACUUCACUCUAACAUUACAUUACGUUAUAGUUUUAUAUAUUUCGCCUCUUCUGACUACUAUUUUAUACAUUACAGGUUUUAAUAUUACUAUACUAUGAUACGUUUUAUGUUAUAAUAUUAUAUGUUUGUGAGUUUGUGUACGCUAUAGUGUUUUUUCCCAUAAUUAAUAAGGUGUGUUUCGCAUUGUGUGUAUUAUUUUUUAUUUUUCUCUAUUUUGUAUGCCCCUUCAUCGCGAAUUUCUUGCGUACUUUUUAAGUUGUUAAUUGUUUUUUUUUCUCCUCUCAUUUUUCGAGUAUUACCGAAGGGAAAGGGAAAAAAUUCAAAGAAAUUAUUAUUGUGCGACGAUGUGUUUAAUAAUAUUAUAUUAAACCGAAUUAUACAGAGGCCUAAAAAUUUAAGCUCCGCGAGCUCUCGCUAAUGCUAUCUAGUUAACUUGUGUAUUAAGAUUUAAGAGUAACUUUCCAAGGUAUAUUUUUUCUUUCUAAAAAAAUUGAAAUAAAAUUGUCGAGUCGACAUCGAAGUAGGGCGAAAGACCGAAAAAACACGACUACGGAGUAUAUUACGUGCGUCGAAUGUAUAAUAAAAUAUCGUGGUGUAAAUUUUUCUGUACAUUCCAUACGUGUUUUUUAUCGUUCUGGGAAAUUUUUCUAUUUUCUAGUUGAGAUACUUACUAAAAGAAAGAAAUAAUUAAGUAAUCGCUUCGUAAUGCUCAGCUGUGUAUGCAUUUAUGUGUAGAAUGUGUUUUUUUUUCUUUUUGCAAUUUCGUGUGUGUAUUUACUCAAUUUUACAUAUGUAUACCGAUCUGAAUCAAUAACGUUGCAUUUAUCUUGGUCAUCACUUAUGUUGUUUAUAGACCUGUUGUAAUUUUUAUAUAUGUUUUUUAAACUCAUAUUUUAACGAUACUUUUGACGAUUGUUGUUUAACGAUAGUACACGUUGGUGUUGUGAUAAUUUAGAGAAGGAGAGAACUGUUACAGGGUAUCGUGUAAAAUUUUUUUUACCUUUGAACUUUUGAAGGGUCGAAAAUAGUUUAAAAGAAUCAAAGUUUUUUUCUAAAGGUUUUCUUAAAGUCUGUUUCAAAUACGUGUGACUCCCCAAUACCGUUUUUUUUUUGUAUACAUUUUAAUGUGUGUAUUGUACUUGUACUUUUAAUUUGUCAAAAAGAAACAAACAUCAUACGUUAAUGUAUUAUUACUUGUAUUUUUCAUUAAAGUUUUUUUUACAGA